AGAGGUUAAAGUGUUACUCUCAAAUUCGUCUAUUCUCAUACAAAAAAAUAAUAGCAAAAACUUUGGAGAAUUUCUGAGAUACCAACUAAUGUUGAGUUUUGUAGUAGGAUAGCUAGUUAUGCUUUUGUAUCCUGUCACAAGGUGCUCGGUGGAAUUUCGUCUUAAAUAAUAGAAAAGAAAGAAAAAAGUUAUUUUUAAACAAAAAUUAGAUUGUUUCAACGCACAAAAUGCUUGGUUGUGUAGAAAACUGCGGUCAUUAUGGCCCACCCCCUGAUACCAUUUUAUCCAUGCCUCCUCCACCAUUGCCAUCAUUUCUAAUUCCAAACACCGCUAUCAUUGCAUUACCCCCAAAUGACACCCAUCCAUGUUUUGCUGCAUUUCUAUGCGAACCAAAUCCACGUCCAAGGGAGAGUGGAUUAGAGUUUAUCGAGCUCACCGGAAGGAAUCACAUGGAAAAUACUUGGGUCUUUGUUUUAAUAAGUUCAUGUGUUGGAGUUCUUAUACUUGGGGCAUUAUUUGCCAUCAUUUUGCUCAAGUGUCGAGAGACCCUAUUUUCAAGUUGCAAUUUAUCAUAUCAUGAUUCCAACAUAAAACAGACCACAAUGUCAGCUCUGGGUGAACCUUCAAAGGCAAAUCCAUUUAUGGCUGGAGGGAUAUUAUAUCCUUGUGCAACAAACAGAGAUUCAUUGCAACAUCAGCUUACCAACGAUAAUAGACUUCUUUGGGCUACAUUGACUCCGCAUGGAACAAGACAUUUUGUUUCAGACUAUCCUUUAGGCCAUGAUGGUCAUUAUGAAGUUGUUGAUUAUCGUGCCAAGGAUCCUGUACCAGCACGUGAUUAUGUCAAAAGGACCCCAAUUAAAUCAUUUGACAAUAGCGGUUUUAUUGAUUAUGACUAUGAAGAUCCAACUCCUCUUAUGGAUUCCUAUCACGAUGACUUAGAUUCUGGCUAUCAAGAACCCCAAGAAGUUCUGGGAACUCUAUCUCGCAGCUCACCUCGACCACUUGUAUCUUCGCCAACCAAAAUUGAGAAUCCCAAUAUACCACCAUUGAAUAUCUAUCCACAUCGCUCCAAUACUUCGCAUUCGGGUACCUUGAAUCGAAAGGCAACUUUAAGCCGACGUAUAAGUGAUGCUUCAUCAUACGGAGGUCCAAAUAUGUAAGGAGAUCAUCAGAGAAGAAAAUCAAAACGAAAAUUUACAAACAAAUCUAUCGCUCAAGUUAAAAAAAGGUGGUAGUAUAUUAAUUUAUAUCCAUCCCUAAUUUUUUUUUUUUAUAAUAAAUAUAGCAAUUAAGAUUAUAUAGGUAAAAAUGGACUCAUGACAUAUGUUAUACACUUAAGUAAUUUCAUAUUUUUUAUUUUACACCACAUGACCAUUCUCGUGCUAUCGUGUUUUCAUGUAAUUUUGAGUAACAAACUCUGAACCAACUUACGUGACCGAGUAGCUAUAGUAUUUUUUAAUACUUUGUCCCAUAAAAUACGACUAGGUUAAUGAUUUGAUUUUUUUUUUAGCAUUUCUGAAAAUGUUGCUUUUCACAAAACAGUUCUAACAGACUUGAACUCAAACUAUUCACUUGCCCAAAAUGCAGCCUGCUAAAAAUGUUUCUAUGUAUGGGCUCUUGCAUCAAUUUCAAAUUCUAUGGUAUAUCAGUUGAUCGGAAAUUUCGUCUCGAAGUGAAGCAAGACCAUUUCAACUUUUUGUCGCGUGCAGCGCAGGCCACCUGAAAUUAAGUUCUGAAUUUUUAAAGGUCAUAUAAUCAAAUGUCACCUAAAUGUCAUUUAACCUUUUGUGACAUCUGGCCAAUCAGAGCUUCCUAAAAUUCAGAACUCAAGUUCAAAAAUGUUAGCUGUGAAUAAUUCUGAUAAAUGGCGCCGGAAUUGUGAGGAGAUACAACGAAACACAU